AUGCGGCUACUCAUCCGCGAAGAUGAUGAGCAGGUCUGUCGGGUUGCGUCAGAGUACAUUGCUCAUCGAAUACGCCAAUUCAGCCCAACCUCCGCUCGACCAUUCGUCCUUGGUCUUCCAACCGGCAGCACUCCGCUGCUCGUGUACCGAAACCUUGUGCAUAUGCACAAGCGAGGAGUUUUGACAUUUCAAAAUGUCGUCACAUUCAACAUGGACGAGUACGUUGGCCUGCCGCCUCACCACGAGCAAAGCUACCAUCAAUUCAUGUUCGACAACUUCUUCAACCAUAUUGACAUCAGACCGGAGAAUAUUCACCUUCCUAACGGAAACGCUCCGGAUUUGGAUGCUGAGUGCAAAGCCUACGAAGAAGCUAUCAUGCAAGUCGGCGGAAUAGAACUAUUUCUAGGUGGCAUGGGGUCUGAUGGCCAUAUGGCAUUCAAUGAGCCGGGUUCAAGUCUCCGGUCUCGGACGAGGGUUAAGGCGCUCACCACGGAAACCAUUAAUGCCAAUGCUCGUUUCUUCGAUGGCGAUGCGGGCAAGGUACCCUACUUAGCCGUAACGGUCGGAGUCCAGACAGUCAUGGAUGCCCGAGAAGUGUUGAUUCUUGUGACCGGCGCACAUAAAUCCCUGGCCCUAAUGAAAUGUGUCGAAGAGGGCGUCAAUCAUAUGUGGACGCUGUCUUGCCUGCAGCUCCAUCAGCAUGCUACCCUCAUUGUCGACGAAGAAGCUACGCUGGAUUUAAAAGUCAAAACUGUGAAAUACUUUAAGUCAAUUGACUCCGAUAUGGUUGCAAAUCCCCCAGAUCAAUCGAAAUCAACUCGUGAAGACGAGAAGGAAGCAUAUCUAGGCAUUCUCGCUCCUACAUCAGAAGUUGAUGUACUACCUGUGACGCCAUCAAUCAGAGAAGAGUCGGUACCAGUCUCACAAGAGACAUUUCUGGGAGCUUCCAGGCUUGGCUUUACCUCUGUGAGAGCCCAGCAGAGGAGCAGAACCCCGGACCCAAUACUGGAAAGCAUGGGGUCAAGAAUCGUUCACUGA